GCUUCGAGUGGACGGGAAAUUCCAAUCGGCAGGGCGAACAUGUCGCCAAUAGCGUCGUCACUGGUUUUCUACGCUCUUCUGCAGACAGUUACCUGUUUCACGGUCAUCAUCACCGCUCCUGACCAGGCCCUCAUCGGAUCCACCAUCAAUGUGUCCGCCCAGCUCUUCGAUGGCGAUAAACCGGCUGCUGAAGGAAAAUCCUACAGGUUCACCUGGACUGACAGUGCUGGCCAUAAGAGCGACAGUUUUGCCGAUUGUGCCUGGUACGUGGCCAUAUCUGCGGUGAUUGAAACGAAAAACGCCAACAGCAAUUGGACCGUGGUCUACACGCAGGAGCAGCCAUCCACGCAUGUGAUUAGGGUCGAAGUGGAGAAGUAUGCCGUCUUCUGGUUUACGGAGGCCAAGGGUCAGAAGGGAAUCAAGUUGGACAACUUGCUGGUCGGCAGAUUGGAGCUGAUUCAGAACAAUGUGACGCGGCCCCAUGAGUUUGUGUCCACGCAGGAGGCGGUGAAUCACAGCAUAUUGCUCUCCGAUGCGGACCUAUCAUUUCUGCGGGCGAAGGGCUAUCACAUUCAGACGUAUUGGUUUCAAAACUGUACAUAUCUUGGCAUGUCCAGUGCCCUGGACUAUCUGGCCUCAUAUCCGAAAGCUGAGCAAUACUAUGAUGUGGAGGCCUUAGUGGUGGCUUCGCUGGAGAUUCCGCCAGAGCCAACGCCCUCAACUACGACCACCACUACCACAACAACAACCACAACCACUACCACGACAACAACAACCACAACUACUACUCCAGCCACUACGACAACUUCAACAACACCUGCCACAACGACCACUCCAAAAACCACAACAACGCCUGCUACUACGACCACUUCCACCACCACUCCAAAGCCACCAGCACGAGCCAAACGUGAUCUAAGAGCCAUGCACGCCAACGCUGCUAUGCUGGGCCUGAACCUAACCAGCGCCCUUAAGCAGCAGAAGGACUCCGCUGGGAAUGUAUCUGUGGCGCUGGUCAACCCGCUGGGAGUAAAAAGGAUUUCCAAGCUCACGUUGGUCCCCGGCAAUCAGCCGCCUUUCGAUUGCGUGAACAAAAAGUACGGCCAGGAUCCGAAACAGAUAUACGGCUACUUCCAGACACGCAUUGUGUCCAAGGAUCCCAUCACCGGUUUCGGAACCACGGGCAAGAAUUGGCUGCAACACUGGGAAAUGCUUCAGCUGAAUGUGAACUGCAAGGGAUCGCCACCGUUUGAUCUUUGCACUCAGGUUUACACAGCUCCUUACAACUCCACGGGAAAUGAGACUUGUAUUCGGUACGACCCAAUUGAGAACUGUUCUUAUGAGUAUAAGCGUUACUUCGGUGAAAGCAAGACCAUUCUGUUCUUCAUACGCAAUCAGGUCUCCCAAACCCUAAAUCAGGUCACCAUGAACAUGUAUGAAGCCCAGCGCCAGUCUCAGCUUUCAGUAGUGGUUGUGCCCGUGACAUGCACAUUGGUGGCCGUAAUUCUAGUUGUUUUCGGCGUAGCCUAUUAUAUUCAGCGGGGAAAUCGCUUCAAUGUUGAGGUGGCCGACUUUAACUUCGGCGAUACUCAGUCGGUGGACAUGGAGUACAAGACAUUCCCGCAGCGCUUAAUCGAUAGCAUUCGCGAUGUCUGGACGUGGCCGGGUCAGCGGCGUCACUCGCAGUCCAGCGCAGAUCUCAUGGCGGACCAGGACCAGCCGCCCAGUCCGGGCUUUGGAGGCAAUGUGGGCGAUGUAGAUAGUAACCUGCGCUACAACACUUUCAACUAGAUCCUUGAGCGGUUCGGUUGGAACGUGGUUACCUAUGCAAAUUAUUCAAUUUAAUUUAAUUUCGGCGCCUAAGUUAUGAAGAUCUGUUCCCAGCUCCCUUCAAAUUUGUUUAAAUCGUAAUUGAUCUGUGAAUUUUGUUUAAAAAUUCAAGUCAGUUUACACAAAUUUUGAUCGGACUCGAAAUGGGGAUCAGGUGUGAUAGUUAUUUGUUAUUAUUUGUAUGUGCACACUCAUGUGCUUUAGUCAUUUUCUUGUUGUACACCGGCACCUAUGGGUUACCCCACUUGUACAUGAAUAGAGAUGAUAGAAUCUUUUUUACGUUUCCAUAUACUUUAUAUCCCCCUAUGUUACCCAUUGCAAUCAUCUCUAUCCAACAUUACGCACACACUUGCUCAUCAAUGGCCAAAUGUCGAGUAACAAGCAACCAUUCAAAUCGCAAUAUCGGGUGUGCAGCAGGGUUCGGGAACGCAACUGCAGAUCCCUUCGGAUAUUGUUAAAGACUGUCUUUGUUCUAAAAGCAAAAAGAAAUGUGGUUAAAUUUACACUUAACUUAUGCGUGAGUUGUUCGUGGAGAGUUAAAUGCUAGCAUAAGUCAAUUCGAUUGUUUCCAUUGUAUCGUGAUCCAAAUUCUCUGACAAAGACACAGCGCAUCUCACACUAAAACACACGCGACACAAAUGUUCAUUGUGAUAGAUAUAGAACAAACAGUAUGUACGUUUAACUAAAACGAAAAGUUUAAAGAAAACCCAUAUACUUAUAAAGCUAAAAA